AUGGAUGCAUGGUUUAUGUCGGACCACGUCUUCGUCUACUUUGGAGAGGAACACCUUGGUCGUAUAGAAAGUCGGAAAAACGACAUUGUGAAGGAAGUCGAGUCGAUUUUAUCUGCGAAAAAAAUUGAAAAUGGAACGCGACAGUUUGAGCAACAGUUAGAGGAGCUUAGGCGGAUUUUACGAGACUGCACAGCGCUGACUUCUAGGCUGAGCCAGCUAUCUACGGAAGAACAACUUUGUCAGCAUUAUGGUCGUGGCGUCGACCAAGAUAUGGUUGCGAAAGUACCUUCGAAGAAAGCUACUGUACAUCCUCAUGCGAACUCUAUUGUAGCAGGCAUCGACCAACCAUUGCCUUCUACUAAGGAAGUAACGAAUUCGCCUGACGGUGCAAUCAUGGCUCCAAUCAGUUUGGUUGAGUUCGAUUCGAUUCCAAAGUAUAUGCGUGGUCGCAUGAGCUGUGCUGAUUUGAAUGAGGUUCUGAACAAAUUCAACUGGUUUCUUUCAAUGAAGCGCAGAUUAUUAGCUGCUCCAUUUAACAAGCUUCGCAAAGAAGAGAAGAACUUGGUUUGCAAGUGGAAAGAACAGGAGGCUUCCUGCAAUAUUGGCCUGUUGUUUUGUCAAGAAAACGAUAUAAAACCAGGUCUAAGAGGACGAACUCAAGCUAUUUUCCGUCAUGUUGCUCCGUGCUUGCGGCAUCUUCACCGCAUCAGAGAAGAGAUGAAUAACGAUAGAUAUGCAAUUAAACGUAUUCUGAAAAGACGAAAAGUGGAUGGAAAAAACGGAAAAGACAAGAUGGAGUAUUUGGUGGAUUGGGAGCCAACAUGGGUAGACGAGCAAGAUAUGAGUGCACGUUCUCUUGAUGACUACUAUAUGAGUGUCGAAGUUCUUGGCCCCAUCCAUUCUCCAGAAAAUUUGCAGAAAGAGUCUAUUACAAAAAUGGAUUUGGUUGUACAGCGGCGAAACAGGCAGGAUGUCCCUAAUGAUGAAGUUAUUCUAGAGCUUAUGCCAUAUGAACAGGUGAAACGGUUGUAUCCCGACGAGCUUUUCACUUACAUUGAAAGUACAUGCAGGCUACCGGAGGAAUUGUGUAAGGCCUUCGAAAAUAAUGCAGAUAGUGCAGAGAAGUCUUCCGGAAAGAAGAACUCUAAGAAAAGAAAGUUGACUAAGAAAUAG